AUGGAGAGCUUUACUCUCAUCAUAUUUUAUCUUGGCAUCCUGGUGGUGCCCAGCUUCUUCUUUUCUUCUCUUCGACGCUUGCUAGAAUGGUCUACAAAAUCCUCCCUAGAUGUCAAGACAUCCAAGCUCCCUUCCAAGUUCCCCGGUCCUAAGCAGUACCCCAUUGUCGGCCGGGUCCAUGAUUUGCCCAGGUUUGCCAUGUGGCUCAAGCUCAAGGAAUGGGCCGAUGAGUUUGGGCCGAUUUACCAAACCAGUAUGCUUGGUCAAAAGUUUGUGAUCAUCUCUGAUGAGGGAAUGGCUCAAGAUCUCCUCAUCAAAGACGGCAAUAAGUUUGCCGGACGGCCCCAGAUCAGGGCUCUCAUUGAUCACAAGUUGGGCCCGGCAUACUCUGCUUUGAUGGACCGCCAUGACACUUGGAAGCACCAAAGAAAAUGGGUCCAUGCGGCUAUGGCGGCUGCUCAUCAGCAGCACUUCUAUGGUCACAUCGAGAAUGAGGUCAAGCGAUGGCUUGUGACCCUCCUUGUUGACCCAGAGAAGUUUCACGGAAACACUCGCGAACUGACCGGACGUAUAAUCAGCCGCCUCGCGUGGGAUGACUCAACGCAAGGACGCGCCUAUGGCGAGAGUGCCAUCGAAACUUUGACAAGGAUGUCAAUCUCAGGGCCAAUUGUCAAUACUAUGACACCACUGUGGCAUCUCGCCGACCUUUUCCGGUAUAACCCUUGGCGCAAAUAUGAAAUGAACCGGGAGAAGAACCAGCGGGCUUGGUGGUUGAAAACAUUCCGGCUCGCCAAGGCGAGAUAUCUGAAGGGAGACUUGCCAACAGACACCUGGACCUACCGGUACUUCGAGCAACUGCAGAAGAGUGGAAACGAGACCCUCAAGCAGACUGAAAAAGCCGAAGACUUCGCAGCCUGCAUGCUCGGCUUCCAGUGUCUUGUCGGAGUUGUCACUAUUUCUGGGCCUAUGCAAUUCUUCUUGAUGUGCAUGGCGCUCCAUCCUGAAUGGUUGAAAAAGUGCCAAGAGGAGAUUGACAGGGUCUGUGGCGACAGAAUGCCCACUCGAGACGACUUCGCCGAGCUUCCAACAGUGAGAGCUUGUUUGAAAGAGACCCUUCGGUGGAGAUCUGGAGUACCUCUUGGGGUUCCCCAUCAAUGCGAGCAGGAUUCCGAGUUCCGGGGUGUGAAGAUUGAGAAAGGAACUAUCAUCCUUGCCUGCGAGUGGAGCAUCAACCGUGUUCCGGAAAAGUACCCUGACCCAGAACAUUACCGUCCGGAUCGCUACCUGGAUCCCAGCUUCCCCACGUAUCAGGAGCCUCUCAGUCGGUACCCGAACUUCCGUGACGGAGUGGGCAUGCAUACGUUUGGCUGGGGUCGCCGAACAUGCCUGGGCCAGAACCUUGUAGACGAUGAGAUGUUCGUCGCAGGGGCAGGUGUAUGCUGGGCUUUCGACAUGAGCCUCAAGAAAUGCCCCUCCACUGGUAAGGACGUGACGUUCGAUACACAGGCGACGAACUCCAACGUCAUUCUGGAGCCUCUGCCAUUCCCCAUGCAGUUCAAGAUCAGAAGCCCCGAGCGAGCCAGAGAUGUAUUUGAGGGGUACAAUGCUGUCAGGGAUGCAUUGAAGGUUUGA